UUCUAUUCCCUCGAAAAAGUCUCCUCCACCCCUAGAAUAUUCCAGCCAGUGACUGAGUCUCAAACGAUCAAAGUAAAACGAGUUUGGAGAGAAGUCUGGAAGAUUGGCCUGGACAAGAAUGAUCAUAAGAUGGUGACCAAGCUUCUUCUGAUAUUAUUGCCGAUAUUCCUGUCCUACGUGUGUGUGCUAGGUGCUUUCCCAAAAAAGGUCCCGAUAGUCGGGCUGUUCGAUCAAGAUGAAAUAAUCCAACGGUUGUUCGAAUCGUCGGUGACAGCAGUGAACAAAGAUAGGUAUAAUAACAUGGAGCUUUCGAAUGUAUUCUUGAUAUCUGAAACGGAAGAGAUUAAAACGGACCCGUUCGAAGUAUCAUCGAAAGUAUGCGAACUGCUAGAUCUGGGAAUAGUGGGUGUUUUUGGACCUCAAGAAAAAGUGGUCGCCGAGCACGUGCAAAGCUUGUGCGAUGCAAUAGAAGUACCAUACAUCUCUGUGCGACAGGACUUUGAUCAACUCUCUCGACCGCGCGGAUUAGGUUUAAAUCUAUAUCCACAUGUGAACUCAUUAGCGCGAGUUUAUAAUCAACUCGUCAUAGAGUUCAAAUGGAAAUCCUUUGCAAUAUUGUAUGAGAACGCCGAUAGUCUGGUUCGUAUGCGUUUACUGCUGAAACGAUGGGACUCACAUGGCAACUCUGCAUUUGUAUACCAUCUAGGCUACGGACCGAGUUAUAGGCCAGCGAUGCAAGAAAUCAAAGAAUCGAACAUAGAAAAUAUUAUCAUCGACUGUUCGUACGAAAUUCUCGAUGAAGUUCUCAAGCAGGCACAACAAGUUGGCAUUUUAUCCGAAAAGUACAAAGUGAUCGUCACUUCUUUGGACCUGCAAACUCUGGAUUUAGAACCAUAUCAAUUUUCUGGCGUUAAUUUCACUGGCCUCCGCCUAAUUGACCCGGAAGAUCAGAUAGUGCAACAAACUUACAACAGACAUGAAAACGAAUGGGGCCUAGACGGUCCUUCGCAGCUACAAGUUGAACCCGCGCUCAUGUAUGACGCAGUACAACUGUUUGCAAGAGCUUUUAAACAAUUAAACGAUUCUAUAAAAGGCAACAUCAGAACACUAUCAUGUACAGGAA